UUCCAAAUAUGGUCAGAAACACUGGGCGCUAUGCUAGUCUGAAAAGGGGUAUAGAUUCUAACAACAACUUUUACUCAACAAGCACAUUGUGUUAGUUUGCUAUACAAUUACAAAGCAUGCAUUUCAACUCAUUUAACGUGUAGUUAGCUGUGGAAUUCGUUCCAGAAAAAGAAGAGGGCGAUUACUUGUAGAUUUUGUAUAUUCGUAUGUUGGAAAGAUCUGUUGCAGAGCAAUCAAGAUUGCACUGUUGAUUUUAGUCCAACGUCAGCCUUUGUCACAAUCUCUGGAAAAAUGUCCGGGUGCUCCAUGCCCCCUCUUCCACCUCGUCCUCCUGUGCCACCUCCACCUGCACCGCCAUGCUCAACAGACUACAGCAAGAAGAAGAAGAAGCUGUAUCAGACCAUAGGACUCAGCAGAAGUCCCAUUGAGGGAGAUAACACAGAGCCUGUUAUGCUUAUUCGUCAAAGGGAAAGCAGUUUCAGUAAGGAUCUACACUGGAUACUAAUGAACACUUACGUGCCUUCCCUCGUCCAAGAUGGUCCACAGUGCGGCUUGGUGGCUUUGUGGAUGGCUGCUCACCUCCUUCAGCACACCGUUGUUGACAUGGACGCUGUUGUUCGGACUGCACGCAGCCGAGGCUUCACAGCACAGGGGGAAAUGUUCUCAGCUUGCAACAUGGCGCUCCUGGCCGAGGAGGUUUGUGGAUGUAAAGCAGAGCUGCUGUCAGGUGGACUGAGUGGCAACGCCUCGAGGAUUAUAGCACAUUUAUGGGCCAGACAACCAGUUCUCAUCCCAUAUGACGAAGACUACAACCACGAGCCAUGCCAGCGCAGAGGCCACAGGGCGCACUGGGCCGUGGCGUCAGGUGUUCUCCUGGGUGUGGACCAGGGGAGCGUCAGCAUAGAGCAUGCUCAGCCAGACCCCACCCUGCCGUGGAUUCACCUGUGUGGAGACUCCUCCUCCUCCUCUUCUUCAUCAUGUCCCGCUGUCUGCAGCUCAAGCCUCCGAGAGGUCUACAUCCUGGCCAAGCAGGGUAAAAGUAUUCGCUACCAGAUGUGGAGUUUGGACAGCGUUGCCGGUAGCAACGAGCAGCUGAAGACCAUGGACCCUCAGAGGUCCAGUGACGGGACUGCCUACGUGGUUCCUGAAGGAGGAGUGGAGGUCGGGCUGGCUGGUCAGGCUGUUUUACUGCACACAAGGACCUAGUUUGAAAAAGGUCAUAGGACAUUAGGAGACAUGUUUGCUCCACUUAAGCCCAACAAAAUAGUCGUUAGUAUUUUUACACAUUAUUUGAAUAAGUAAUACUCAAUUAAAAUAGCAAUAAAACAAUAACUAGAAGGGCACAGUUGCGAGCAGACGAUCCUUAUUUGCUAAUGAAUGCUCAUUAACAAAUGAUUCUUUAGUUAAUUUAGGAAACAUUAGACACAUUUCGUACCAUUCAGUGUUAUUUUCAAGCCAUGUUGGCUGUGUUGAAUGAAUAUACUGUAGGUCCUAGGUUCUCAAAGUGGGGUACGUGUACCCCUAGGGGUACGCACAUUGCUGUAGGGCAGGGGUAGGGAACCUAUGGCUCAGGAGCCAAGUGUGGCUCUUUUCAUGACCGUAUCUGCCUCUCAGACAUUUCUUAACACGAUAAAAAUUGAUUGAUUUAAGUUUUUUUCCACUGAGAUUUGAAAGUAAAACAUUACAAAAAUCACAGUGUUAAAAAUAACACUCAAAAUCUACAUUUUUUUAAUGGAUUUUAAUCCAUCCAUCCAUUUUCGACGGCAGUGCGGGUGGCCAGAGCUAAUGCCGGCCGUCCUUCCGAUAUUUUCCGGGUCACAAACCAAAACUCCAUUAUUACCUCGAGGUGAAGAAGUAAACGUCCCUCCGUGAAUCAAAUAGUCAGCUAGCGAUUUCUGCAGAGCCGACCCUUUUGACGAAGAAGAUGGCGAAAAGAAAGAGAGAAAGAUGAAGAGUGUUGUACAAAACCAUGCAGCACCAGAAGUCGCAUUAAUGGAAAGACGUGUUUUAAUUCUUCUUGGUUAACUUCCGUAUAACGACGUUACUCAAAAGAAUACAUUCAGAGACGUUGUCAUAUUCUGAAAUUGGCUUCAAAGUGCACACAUUUAGUUGUAUUCGAUGUAAAAAAAAUAUUACAUGGCUCGCACAGAAAUUCAUUUUAAAAUAUGUGGCAUUCGUGGCUCUCUGAGUUAAAAAGGUUGCCGACGUACGUGAAUAAAAAUGAAAAACGGCUUGACGACAUUAGCGCCGAACACUGAGCUUUACGUAAUGCUCUCAAAGGCCUCAGCAACCAACCAUGGCAGGUAUUACAGUGCAGAAGAAAGACAGCAUGGACUUCUUCAUUGUUGUGUGUGUGUGUGUGUUUGUUAGAUGAACAAAUAAGUAAGUUUUACAAUUGAAGAUUAACAAUUUGAAGAUUUAUACGAUGUGUGCUAGAUGAGAGCUGAUCUUCUGACUGCAAAAAAGAUCAGUUUGGAUAGUCCGUAAAGCCGCCAGAACUUACCAACCCUUUAUUUCUAAAAUCACAAUUACUAAAAUUUGCUGAUCUAGUCAAUUUUAAUAUAAAGCAAACAAUAACCCCAUCCAUCCAUCCAUUCAUUUUCUAUGCCGCUCAUCCUCAUUAGGGCUGCGGGGGUAUGCUGGAGCCUAUCCCAGCUGACUUCGGGCAAGAGGCGGGGUACACCCUGGACUGGUUGCCAGCCAAUUGCAGGCAAACCAUAACCUUCCACCCAAAAAUGUUAAAUACAAUACAAUACAAUUCAUCUCAACAAGGGAGGAGAACUAUAUGAUCUGUAUGACCUCAGGGAAAACUUCAACUUAAAACACUUAUACGCAAGAACAACGCUAAAAACCUUCAAUUUUUCAGUAUGUGGAGUCAAAUUAUGGAACGGAUUUCGGAAGGAACUCAAACGAUGCAGUAAAAUGAGUCAUUUCAAGACACAGGACAAGCAGUUGAUGUUUACCAAGCACAAGGAAGAAGAGUCCUGAACCACUGCUAUGUCUAACCACUACUACUCUUACAGUAUUACUAACUCUUCAUUCAUGCGAGUACGUUGUCUGCGUACUCACCCAUUACCCGGCCAUGUAUGAGUAUCAUCAGUUAUUAUAUAUUUAUUGCUAUUUAUUAUGACUGUUAUAUAAUUUAUUUACAGUGACUACAACCUCGACUCCAAUUUGACCACAUUGUUAUGUUACCUUAUCAUUUUCCUAUCUAUUUUAAACUAGUAAAGAGUACAUUUGAAAUACAGGAAGUGAACAAAUGUGUUGCAAUUGAUGUGAAAGUGACAUGGGAGUAGGGUUAAAUAAGCUUUGCUUGUUCCUACUCCUUUUUCGGACAGGUAGAAGUGUGAAUUGUGCUAUGCGAUGGAUUCCAAUGUAACUUAUAUGCAUGCUCGAAAUAAACGAAACCACUCCGUGGUGCUAUGAGUAAUUCGUGUGUUUUCUGAGCUGUAUGAGCCUGGCACUUGUUUGUUGACUGGAUGCUCUGACUAUGUUAGAAGCAUAAAUGUAUGCUUUCACGAAUAAUGUGUCUCAUUGCAGCCACUUUGUUCGGCAGUCCUUGAACACACCAUGCGUGACGCAGAUUGAGACUUAUGUGUAUGACUUUCUCAGACGCUGCACACACACACACACACGUGUGUUUUCUAUCCUUCCUUUCACCUCGUCCUUGUUCACAAAAGUUAAUGCUGUGCGUGAAUGCACAGAGGUGAGCUUGUCAUAAUUAUUACGUUAACGUGUAACAUUAGUUGCAUUGUACUGAUUAUUUCCAUGUUGUUGCAGACCAUUGCAGUUCACCACAUCUUACCGCUGCUUGUCACCAGUGAAAUACACGUACGAAUACAAAUAAAUUCACCAAGCAGAAGACAAACCUGCCAGGAGAUAUGUGACCCCUCAAAAACCCUCUCCGUUUUAAAUGAGUAGCCUGUGUGCAACUGAAAAAUAACACACUUUUUUGUCAUAAUAUAUUUAAUAAUAUAUCAAAGAUGAUUCAUUGUGUGCUUUAUGUUUUUUAAGUGUGCAGGAGGGUACACAACCUCCAGUCAGAUGUCUGUACGUAAAAUUUGCCGGGGGAUAUUCAUUUUAAAAAAAAUGUUUUCAAUUGUCAUCUGUGUAUAUCUGCGUUUUAGCCUAAAAUGGCAAAACUAAAGAAAAACCGACACAUUUGUUCCUCCUGUCAAAAAAAAUGUCAUGUUGAAAAGCAUAGAAAAUGCAAUUUUGAGCCCACGUUUAUCUGAACGUAAACGUUUGUGUCAUUACAGUAAUCCUUCGCCACUUCACGCUUUGAAUUUAGCAGCUUCACUCUAUCAGGGUUGUUCAAAAAUAUUUGAGUGAAUAAAUCAUGCUGUUUUGUGGUUGAAUACGGCCAAUUAUUAGUAAACAAGUAUGGAUAUUCAAGCAAAUGUGCAUAUUUUUGGCCUAAACUAAGCAUUUUCAAGCAAAAGAAGAGCUGAAUGAAGUAAAACCCAAAUAUAAGGCAUUCAGGAGACGCAUUUAAAGACUGUAGCGACUAUCAAGUUCUUCCAUUUUAGACACUUGGGAGUGCAGGGGAUCCAGGUCAUGACGCACAACUCGAGUUUGUGGUGCCAACACAAGUCCUCAAACCUGUCACUUCCGCACUUAAAUAAAGUCGGCACCGUGCUGCCACCAGUGGUCAAACAAAGUAUAGCUUCCCCAAACACCAACCCCACAACAAACCAAAUAAACUAAACCCAAAUGAUGCAUAAAUGGCUCCUACAAAGAUGUUCCUUUAAAGGUGUCAGAAAUGUUAAAGGAGGAUCCCCAGACUUGAUCACCGGAACAGCAGGUUCGAAUGAUCUCACAAGAUGCACGAUAAUCCUUAACACGGGCUACUGCUGUGACCCUAACCCACAUCAGGCUAAAACUCAACUCUGAACCCCCAGCUUUCCUCUCUUCCCCUUACAUCGGAACACUUUCACAGCAACAGACACGAGCACGUGUCUUAUUUAUGUCUUAUUUUCUGUUAUGUCUAUGAUUAUUUUGGGUAAUUCUACUUUGCGGAAAUUCACUUAUCACGGUUGAGUCUGGAGCCAGUUAACCACAAUAAACGAGGGAUUACUGUAUUCCAAUUUGGGCUACAGGCUUUCCUUUUUAUAUUUGUCCACCAGAUGGCGCUGUUUUUUUCCCAUCCAAAGCAUGCAGAAGAAUUCCUGCAAGGGUGCCUUGCUACUGAAAUGAUAGCUGUGUCUCUAUUGAUGUUGGAUAAUGGUGUAUAUGUAAACGUGUGUAUUUUUGACAAUUAAAAAAAAAAGUGAUGUAAAAAUACUGGCCUGUAAAGAA